UAGCCCGUGGACGUGUCGUUAGUUACCGACUUAUUUUUAUUAAACAUGGAUCCUAUUAUAGACGCUAUUAAAAAUUCUGGUGAACCAGAAUGGCUCGAGAAAACAGUCAUAGGUGGUUUACGAGUUUGGCAAAUUAUUUUUUUAUGUUUAGCUGGAAUAACUUCUUUUGUUGUGAUGCUAUGCUGCUGUUUCCGUUUCCGCAUACCACGAACGAAGCAGCAAAUCGAAGCGGACUACCAACGUCGCAUAAUUACUAACAAGUUUCGACAACAACUUGAAACGAUACAGGAUUCAAAGAUGGACGCCAUGUCUUUACAAGACGCCUUGGAACUGCUGCACGAAAAAACACAUUCCAUGGAAGACAACCAGCAAGGAUCCCAGCCCAGUUCCAUCAUGUCGCCCCAACAGAGUUCUCUGGACGCGUCCUUCCAGCCCGAGAACAGCCAGAAGCCGGAGCCGCAGGUGUCCGGAGCGAACUUCGUCAAGCUCGCGACCAAAGUGGCGCAUCUGUCAAAACUCGGACAGCCCAAAUCGCCCACCUCACCGACCACGGAUAAUAAAAUGGAAUUUUAAUUAUUUCAAAAAAAUAUGAAUAAGUUAAGAAUCUCUAUUUACAUAUUGUAGAAGUAAACCGGUU